AUGGCCAGAGGAGGCACGGAACUCGUUGGGGACCGGAUCGGCUAUUCAAAUAACAUCGUACACAUUACUAUCAUUUCAAUGGAGAGCUCAACCACCACGGGGAAACGGAUAUGUCAAGUGAUUAAAUUGCGUAAAGAACAUGCAGAGGAAUACAAGCGCAUCCACGCCUCCGUCUGGCCAGGCGUACUCGCCGCCCUCCGCAAAGCGCAUAUCAUAGACUAUUCUAUGCACUUCCUGCCAUCUCCUCCUUUCCCUUCCCAAGCAGGAGAAUCGGAGCUCGCAGGCCUCCUGAUAGCGACGUUCAAGUAUGUCGGCUCGGACUGGGAGGGGGACAUACGUGCCGUGGCUCAGGAUGAAGAGACGCGUCGCUGGUGGGCGGUCACGGAUGGGAUGCAGGAAAGCUUGAGGAUGGGGGCUGUCGGCAGUGAAGCGGGUGGGUGGUGGUGGGAUUGUGAAGAAGUGUUCAGGUUCGAGGGAUAG